AUGUGUGUUUUGUACUGGCAUAUCUGUGAAGACCAUCAGUGUACUUCACAACAUCUAAACGAGCUUUCUGAUAUUUGCCCAAAGGAUUUCUUUUCAUUUUUUACAAUUUUAUCGUUUUAUAGAAAAGUGAAAGGAGGAAACAUUGAUGUCCAUCCAAGUGAGAAAGCUCUUAUUGUCCAUUAUGAAGUGGAGGCUACUAUUCUCGGGGAGUUGGGUGACCCCAUGCUUGGUGAGCGGAAGGAGUGUCAAAAAAUCAUUCGUCUGAAAAGUCUCAAUGCCAAUACUGAUAUUGCCUCUCUGGCACGGAAAGUGGUUGAGGAAUGUAAACUCAUCCAUUCUGCAAAAUUACCUGAAGUAGAACAGUUACUUUAUUAUCUUCAGAAUCGCAGAGAUGGAUUAACUAGUAAAGACAAGAAGGAAAAGAAGAAUGGCAAGCCAAAGGAUCCACCACCUUUUGAAGGAAUGGAGAUUGACGAAGUUGCGAACAUUAAUGACAUGGACGAAUAUAUUGAAUUGCUGUAUGAAGACAUUCCUGAUAAAGUUCGUGGCUCUGCUUUAAUUUUACAGCUUGCCAGAAACCCAGACAAUUUAGAGGAAUUACUGCUGAAUGAAACUGCCUUGGGAGCCCUAGCGAGAGUGUUAAGGGAAGACUGGAAACAGAGUGUAGAACUUGCUACUAAUAUCAUUUACAUCUUUUUCUGCUUCUCCAGUUUUUCUCAGUUUCAUGGAUUAAUCACACAUUACAAGAUAGGAGCUCUCUGUAUGAAUAUAAUUGACCAUGAGUUAAAGCGUCAUGAACUCUGGCAAGAGGAAUUAGCCAAAAAGAAGAAAGCAGUGGAUGAUGAUCCUGAUACCCCAUCCUUAAAAAAAGAACAUGAGAAAGCAUACAAAAAAUAUCAAGGACUUCUUGUUAAACAGGAGCAGCUUUUACGGGUUGCUCUGUAUCUGUUACUUAACCUUGCUGAGGAUACUCGCACUGAACUGAAGAUGAGAAACAAGAAUAUUGUUCAUAUGCUAGUGAAAGCACUGGACAGAGAUAAUUUUGAACUUCUAAUUCUUGUGGUAUCAUUCUUGAAGAAACUUAGUAUCUUUCUGGAAAAUAAAAAUGACAUGGCUGAAAUGGAUAUUAUUGAAAAACUAUCAAAAAUGGUGCCGUGUGAACAUGAAGAUUUGUUAAACAUAACAUUACGACUGCUUCUGAACUUAUCCUUUGACACUGGCCUGAGAAAUAAGAUGGUGCAGGCUGGACUCCUUCCCAAACUUACUGUUCUUUUAGAGAAUGAAAACUACAAGCAAAUUGUCAUGUGUAUUCUCUACCAUAUAAGUAUGGAUGAUCGUUGUAAAUCCAUGUUUGCCUACACAGAUUGUAUUCCCCAGUUAAUGAAGAUGCUGUUCGAAUGUUCAGAUGAGCGCAUUGAUCUUGAGCUGAUUUCUUUCUGCAUAAAUCUUGCUGCAAAUAAAAGGAAUGCUCAGUUAAUAUGUGAAGCAAAUGGGCUGAAGAUGCUGAUGAAAAAAGCUCUGAAAUUUAAGGACCCAUUGCUAAUGAAAAUGAUCCGGAAUAUUUCUCAGCAUGAUGGACCAACUAAAAACUUGUUUAUAGACUAUGUUGGUGAUUUAGCAGCGCAGAUUUCAAAUGAUGAAGAAGAAGAAUUUGUCAUAGAGUGUCUUGGGACCUUAGCUAACCUUACUAUUCCUGAUUUGGACUGGGAACUGGUUCUUAAAGAAUACAAACUUGUCCCUUACCUCAAGGACAAACUCAAGCCAGGAGCUGCAGAAGAUGAUCUUGUGCUGGAGGUGGUUAUAAUGAUAGGAACAGUGUCUAUGGAUGACUCAUGUGCUGCUCUGUUGGCAAAAUCUGGGAUCAUCCCAGCUUUGAUUGAACUAUUGAAUGCUCAGCAAGAAGAUGAUGAAUUUGUUUGCCAAAUUGUUUAUGUAUUUUACCAAAUGGUUUUCCACCAAGCAACACGUGAUGUCAUCAUAAAGGAUACUCAGGCUCCUGCUUACCUGAUAGAUUUAAUGCAUGAUAAAAAUGCAGAAAUUCGAAAAGUGUGUGAUAACACUCUUGAUAUUAUAGCGGAAUAUGAUGAAGAAUGGGCAAAAAAGAUACAGAGUGAGAAGUUCCGCUGGCACAAUUCUCAGUGGCUUGAAAUGGUGGAGAGUCGCCAAAUGGAUGAAAAUGAGCAAUAUUUAUAUGGUGAUGAGCCUAUUGAACCAUUUAUCCAUGAAGGUGACAUUCUAGAGAGACCUGAUUUAUACUAUAGUGCAGAAGGACUAAUGCAGCCUGAAGGUGCAGUGAGCCCAGACUUUUUCAAUGAUUAUCAGCUGCAAAAUGGAGACCUUGUUGGUCAGCAUUCAUUUAGUGCUGGACUUGGUGUUGAUAAUUUUGGACAACCGACUGGUAUACCUGGACGGCCUACAACAGCAUAUGGCUACCGUCCUGAUGAGCCCUAUUACUAUGGACUUGGAGCACGAUAG